GGUACAUGUUUCAGCUGAUCUCCUUAAUUGAAGCCUACUCGCUUCGGAACCAGCUAUUCUGCCCAGCAUGGCAUAAAGCUUCAGGUUCUCCGAGUUCUCUCAGAUCUGAGCUCCUGGAUCGUGUCUUCUUCUUCUCUCUUCUCUUUGGGUGAUGGGCAUGGAAUUCAAUGCACUGAAAUAGAGAAGUACCUGCACUUCCAUCGUCUGCUUUGGUCGUCUAUUUGGUCUCAGCCACUGGCCUCCUCUUUCUCCAGCUAGAUUGCAGUACCGAGAGAGGAAACGGACUUGGAUCAGCAGAUCAAGAAAGGGAAGAACUUGGUGGAGAUGUCCUCGUGUUCUUCAGGUUACUGAUCGUUUCUGGAAGAUCAAGAAAGCUGGUUUCAGCCACGGAAGCAUGUCGUCAAUUAACUCCGAUAGCUCGGGCAAUUCAGGCGCUCCAAAAGGCGGCGGCGGGGGUAGGCCGAGCCGGUACGAGUCGCAGAAGCGGCGGGACUGGAACACCUUCAGGCAGUACCUGCGGAACCACCGCCCGCCGCUGGAGCUCUCCCGGUGCAGCGGCGCCCACGUGCUGGAAUUCCUACGCUACCUGGACCAGUUCGGCAAGACCAAGGUGCACGCCGCAGGAUGCCCUUUCUUCGGUCACCCGCAGCCCCCGGCGCCGUGCCCGUGCCCCCUCAAGCAAGCCUGGGGCAGCCUCGACGCGCUCGUCGGCCGCCUCCGCGCCGCCUUCGAGGAGAACGGCGGCCAGCCGGAGACCAACCCCUUCGCCGCACGCGCCGUCCGCCUUUAUCUCAGGGAGGUAAGAGACAGCCAGGCCAAAGCGAGGGGGAUCGCCUACGAGAAGAAGAAGAAGAGGAAGCGGCCGCCUCUUCAACCACCGCAGGGCCACAGCCCGCAGUCACCCCUUCCCAUGGUGCCAGCUGCUGCUCCUGCCAUGGCCUACGGCCGGCGGGCGGCCGAUCUGAAUUUGGUGGACGGCGGAUACACACACCACCUUCAUGAGCACCUGAUGAUGCCUGCCAUGGAUUCCGGCAGACAGUUGACAGCAGCUGCCGCAGAAGCCCAUCCUGGCGGCAUAAUGCCACUCUCAGUGCUCAACUGAACGCUACACAGUUCUCCCGGUGGAAUCUAGUGCUACUAUGAAGGUUAGUGUGGUGGAUCUCUUCAUGAUAUCAAACACUUUGCUAGAUCUUGCGCUGUAUAAUGUACAUCUUCUUCUGUUGGCUAUGUAUUUGCAAGGUAAUUAAUUAGGGUUUGUUCUAAACCUAAAUAGGUUUGCAGUGGCUUGAAACCUUGGUUUUAAAUGCUAGAAUAAUUUGCAUGA